AUGCGUUUCGCUCCCGUCCUUCUGGCUCUGCCCGCCAUGGCAGCUGCCCAGCAGCAAGUCCCUCUCUUCGAGCAGGCCAAGGGCUGGUUCAACAACAUCGUCGGCGCCGCCACCUCCAACAUCAACUCGGCCAGCUCAGCAGCUGCCUCGGCCGCAUCUGGCGUCCCCAACCCCGUCCACGCUGCCGCCGGCAAGGUCCAGCAGCUCGCCGUCACCGACCUGACCAAGGAAAACUACAACCAAGUCCUGAAGCCUGGCGCCGCCACCGCCAGCCCCGGCAUCGAGAACUGGAUGAUUUACACCACCGGCGGCAACCGCACUUGCUUUGGCUUGUGCGACAAGGCUGAUGUCGAGUGGACCAAGGCCAUCCCGCUCCUCUCUGCUAUCCCCAGUGCUCCUCAGCUCGGCCGCUUGGAUUGCGAGAAGGAACCCCAAUUGUGCAAUGCAUGGGGUGCCGGCGCUCCCAGCGUCAUCUACAUCCAGCUGCCCCAGCCUCUCCCCGAUCAAACCACUCCCGCCACCACCGUCCACUACCUGUCUCUGAACCGCACCACUGUUUCCGCUCAGGACUUUGUGCAGAUUGUCACCGACAAGACUUACCAGCAAAAGACCCCUUACGAGGGCUUCUUCCACCCUUUCAACGGUAUCCUUGCUCAGACCGGUCUUGCCAUUCCCUUUGGUUGGGUCGUCUACGGUUUCUCCGUCAUGCCCAGCUGGGCUUUGAUGAUUGGCAUUUCCUUCUUCUCCAGAACCUUCAUGUAA